CAACAGCCGGCGAGAUGCGGGCGGGGCCGCUUUUGUUGUUCGCGCUGUUUGUAACGGAAGCAGGCGGCGCCGCUGCUGAGCUAACUGCGAAAAACGCAUGCUACUACUACUAACUGAUGCCUACUCUGCAUGGCAGACAUCUACUCCGCAUGACAGAUUUAUGUAGAAACUGUUGCUAUUCACAAACGACAUGACAAAAACAGCUUCCAACCUUCCAGACCCGAAAAUUACAUUUGCAGCGCAUAGGGUAGUCUUCCCAGAACCAGUCCUGGUAGUCUUUGUCUUCGCCCGCGCCGGCUGCCGGCGGCAGGGGCAGGCGGACCGGCCGCAUAGGCGACGGCAGUCGCAAUUUCUCAGAGGACUGCGAAGGCAUGUUUUUUUUUGUUUUUCUGAAAGUUCGCUUCUGACCUCCAACACUGAAGAUUCGUUUCUAAAGAUUCGCUACUAGAACUUUUUUUUUUGAAUUCGUUGCUGACGUCGAAGUGUCCUAUAAGCGUAGCAGGAGACUACAAAAAUACAGCAAGACGUCUUCUGGUGCGGACCUUAAAACAACUACAAAAAACAAAAAUCAAAACUCAGCAUCUAUUUCUACAUCUGUGUGCACGCCAAUAGUUAUUUUUGCGCCUGGUGAUGAACUUCAUCAAUCAUUUUUCCGCAUGUGAAUCAGCGUCAAAUUCUCAUCGUUCUCUUGCGCUGCCUUUUAGAUCGGAACACGCUCGCCACUAUCUGUCUUGCUGCUUUACGAACAUCCUGCUUUUUCAACACUAGCACACUUCUCUUGCACUGUAGACAACUACUUUGGACCCUCGGCUUCGAUACUACUAACCUACGCUGCUUCUUAUGCCUACAAACUGUCCAUCAAGAUAGGGUCGGCCAAUCGGCCGACCCCAAUCUUGUAGAAAUUAUGAUCCGAAAC